UUCGACCUUAUGGUGGCGCUGCCGGUCAAAGGAGGGAAAAGGGAAAAGGUGGUCUCAAAAGUUUCAUGCACGGACGAAACAUUAGAGGUAUCUCAAAUAUCUUCUCAUGUCAACAGGAAUCAUGUACCCAGUAGACCUGCCAGCUGUGGAUGACACCGAGCUGAACUCUGCAGCUCAACAGUACCUCUCCACUUUGGCUGCAACACCAUGCAGCAAUGAGUGGUUUCAGUGCUCACAAACCUCAAAGGUGGAGAUAACAGCGAGAAAUAUAAGCCAGCUGCAGCUGUUUGAAGAUGAGCAACCAACCUGUGUGGUGCUGGCACUUCACCCUCCAGAUGAUCAAACUAAAGUGGUGGCUUUAUACCUGCAUGGCAAGUGGUGGCAUUUGGAUGAUGUGUUGCGAACGUCAAGUAAAUCCAGAAGUGGCUUGGUGUCGGUGCAGACGAUGAUGGAGCGGGUGAUUGUGUUCCUGCUCAGUCAGGUAGUGGAGAGGCCUUCGUCAGGGGAGGUGUUAUUCUCCCUGCACCCCCGCACAGAGAGCUGCAAAGUGCUGUGGAUGGACAACCAGGCGGUCGGCUUCUACAGCGUCAAACACAAAGGCAGCCUGUGUGACGGCUGGACCAGCUGCAGCUACCUGCUGCCCGUCCUCGACACGGUGCUGGUAAGAAGGAGCUGCAGGAGGAGAGGCUUCAGCCUUCAGAUUCUGGUGGAUUUCUGCUCCUCUUUCUCCUCUGAGGAGUUUCUGGGAAUCAGCUCUCCAUUAUCACCGAGCAUGGCAGCAGUGGUCAGGAGCUUCCUGCAGCAGCAUGAGGAGCACCGUGAGCGUCUGUAUGAGGUGGAGGCUCCAGGAGGCUGGACUCAGCGACGAAACAUCUGGCUCAACAUCCGGCUGGACCGUUACCACCUUGGCAUUAAAGAGGGGAGCAGUCCAACAUCAGGGCAAACACAACAGAAUAAAGGCAGCAUCUCAUUUCAGCAGUCACUGAUCAUCAUUUCCACUGCCGAUAAUAUAAACUCUUAGUCCUAAGAGUUUGACUUGAAGGCAGCUGGAUUCUAAGAGAAGCACCAAAGAUUACAAGGGGAAUAAGAUUUCCACUUCACAGGAGUUGUCAAAAUGAGAUUUGCACAUGUAAAAAUAGAUUCUGUGACGUGGACUGGAUUAUCAAGUAUUAUCAUAAAGGAUAACAAAUAGUGCUGUUACACAAUGAGGUCUGUUACGGCAGAAAAAAAAAACCCAAAAAAUUCCUGAAAAGUGUCUCAGCUGACUGAUACGUUUUGGAUUAAAAUGCGAACAUCAAAGACAAACUCACCUGGAAACAAAUCAGUGAAAUCAGCAGAGCUUCUAAAUAACUGAGGUCACUGUGUUUUUUGUAACUUUACCAUUUCAAAUCAUGUUAACCCCCAUAGAAAGGCUAGAACACUCCCAUCUUCUGCUGCACAUUUACAGAUUUAUGGUAAAAAGAUUUGUUUGCUUCAGUGGCCUGAGCAGACUCAGCCCAAAGUUAGAAAUCAGUGCUGCUAAAGGACAUUAACAAUACCUACAAACCUCUCAGGUGAUUAGCUGCGUUUACAUGGAGCACUUUUGAUCCGAUCAAUUCAGGGGGGUAGUCUAAUUUUCACUAUCUGAUCAACAAGUAAGAAUAACCAUAUAUACACUCAAUCUAUCUGAUCAACAAGUAAGAAUAACCAUAUAUACACUCAAUCUAUCUGAUCAACAAGUAAGAAUGACCAUAUAUACACUCAAUCUGAUGGUGCAUUUUCUUUAUGUACGUGCUUGGACCUGAUUAGUUUCAGGAAAGACUUGAAAAAUGGCGGCAAAACAGAACAAUACUGUGGCAGAUACGUUUUUUUCUUUUUUGGAAAUUCUGAGUUAAAGAUUAAUGAGCAUCUCGAUGGUCAAAAGACUUAAAAAAACAAGUUGCUUGAUCAAAUGUUUAAUAUAUUUGGAUAAAAUCUUCUUUGUCUUCUUCAUAGCCGGAACCAAAAGUGUUUUGAUCAUAUUAAAUAUUUCCAUCAUGUAAACACAACUGAUCACAUCGCAAACGUAACUGUUGAUACAUUAACAACAUAUAGUUCAAGACAGAUUACAAACGAUUUAACAUCUAAUUUGAUUUCAUGGGGACUUUAGGGACCCAAGCCUAAUUCAGGGUGUGGCAGGUUUGAUUAAUGAGCCACUUCUGCUGUUCAGACCAUCACUUUUCAUCUCCACCACAGUAACCGUCUAAUGAGAAACUACAGGCUGCGAAAUCUUACAAACGAUCCGGCUUAUAGUCUAACAUUAAAAUGACAUUUAAAAAACUAACUUUGCCCUUGUUUAAGUUUGUGUUUUAGUUUCUUUGUGAUUGUUUUGUGUCUUUAAAUUGGUUUAAUAAACUUUUUGUAAAUAAUGUGGAUUCUUAUUAACAGCUCUGUUAAUGUUGUUAUGGAGGAAGGUUGUCUUGUCAUUGUUGAUGUUCUAAGAAAAAAUAGUAAGAUUUUGAAAUUAACAAUAAACUUGGGAAUAUAAAUUCUUUAUGAAGGUGAUGAAUAAGGAGCAAUAAGAGCACUGUUUUCCAAAAGUAAGUAUUUUUAUGGGUCAUUGAAGGCCACAGGAAAAGUGAUUGUUUAUAAAAAACCUUUAUAUGUGAUCUGAUUAUGAGUGAUGGUAGGUCGGGUGAGUUGUAACAAUAUAAUGGACAUUAAAUU